UUUCCUCUGUUUAGUUAAGCCAUUGAUACUGCUGAAGGAAUAAAACAAACAAAACAAAACAAAAAGAAAGGGGGAAAAAAAGGAGGGAAAUGACAGCUGGGGGAGGAGGGUCAAACAGAGAGGGAAAAAAAGUAAAUUUACAGGAAUGAGAAGAUAUUUUAGAAAGGGGGGAGGGAAGGAACCACGAGUAGUGAUAUUUGAAGAGAGGUGUGUGUUAGGGGAGCAAUGAGCAUAAGGAAGCCAGCCUGCCUGUUCCUCCCCCUUCCUAAUCAUAGCCUUUACUCACAGACAAAACUCCCUCCCUCUCUCAUUCACUCACUCACUUUAGGCCAAUCCGUCCUCUCUCUCUCUCUCCCUCUCUCUGUGUCUCUCUCCUACUCUGAGACAGAGUCAGAACUCUUCUCCCUGACAGCCACAAACAUCUACAGCACUUAUUGCAUUCAGAGAGGGAACCUGCAAACAAAACUUCACAGAAAACUUUUGGUUCUUGUUCCAGAGAAUUUGCUGAAGAGAAGGAAAAACAAACAAACAAACAAACAAACUAAACCAGCCCCCAAAAAAACUGUUCGUGAAGGGGGAGGAAAAGCAGGGCCUUUUAAAAAGGGAAUCACAACAACUUUUGCUGCCAGGAUGCCUUUGCUUUGGAAGAGAGGAUUUCUGUUGGUGCUUUGCUGGAUUAUAGUGAGGAGUUCCCCAACCCCAGGAUCCGAGGGGCACAGUUCAGUCACUGACUGUCCAUCAUGUGCCCUUGCCACGCUCUCAAAGGAUGUGCCCAGCUCACAGCCUGAGAUGGUGGAAGCUGUAAAGAAGCACAUACUGAACAUGUUGCACUUGAGGGACAGACCUAAUAUCACCCAGCCAGUACCCAAGGCAGCACUUUUGAAUGCCAUCAAAAAACUCCACGUGGGAAAGGUGGGAGAGGAUGGCUAUGUGGAAAUAGAGGAUGAUGUUGGAAGAAGAGCCGAAAUGAAUGAAGUUGUGGAGCAAACCUCAGAAAUCAUCACUUUUGCAGAAUCAGGCACAGCCAAGAAAAUGUUGCACUUUGAGAUUUCCAAGGAAGGCAGUGAAUUAUCGGUGGUGGAGCAUGCUGAAGUGUGGCUCUUCCUGAAGGUCUCCAAGGCCAACCGGAGCAGAACAAAAGUCACCAUCCGCCUGUUUCAACAGCAGCGGCAGCCAAAAAGCAAUUAUGAAGGAGCAGAGGAUGCAGAGGAUGGGGGCCUGAAAGCUGAAAAGAGUGAGACUUUGAUUUCAGAAAAGGCAGUGGACACCCGUAAGAGCACUUGGCACAUCUUCCCUGUCUCCAGCAGUGUCCAGAGACUCCUGGACCAAGGCAAGAGCUCUUUGGAUGUGCGGAUUGCCUGUGACCUGUGUCAAGAGACAGGAGCCAACCUGGUGUUACUGGGUAAGAAGAAGAAAAAGGAAGAUGAUGGGGAAGGGAAAGAAAAGGAAGCUGGAGAAUUCACAGGAGAAGAAGAGAAGGAGCAAUCACAUCGGCCCUUCUUGAUGAUGCUUGCCCGGCACUCAGAGGAUCGCCAGCACAGGCGGCGGAGACGAGGCCUGGAGUGUGAUGGCAAAGUCAAUAUCUGCUGCAAGAAGCAAUUCUUUGUCAGCUUCAAGGACAUAGGAUGGAGUGACUGGAUCAUUGCUCCUACAGGUUAUCAUGCCAACUACUGCGAAGGAGAGUGUCCCAGCCAUAUAGCAGGCACAUCUGGUUCAUCAUUAUCUUUCCACUCCACUGUCAUCAACCACUACCGCAUGCGGGGCCACAGCCCAUUUGCCAACCUCAAAUCAUGUUGUGUGCCCACCAAGCUCCGGCCUAUGUCCAUGCUCUACUAUGAUGAUGGCCAGAACAUCAUUAAGAAAGACAUACAGAAUAUGAUUGUGGAGGAGUGUGGCUGUUCGUAGAUGCUGGUGUGCACAAGACCCUUGUUAAGAAGAAAACAUAUCAAAAGCCCAAGAAGAAGAAAGACCAGACAUGGUAUCUUUUUUGAGGGAAACAAUCAGAAAUAUAAGCAAAAAAGAGAAGAGAGCAAGAAAAGGGAGAGAGAAAAAGAAAAGACAAAAAAAAAAAAAACACAACAAAAAACUUGAGGAGGAUCAGAAAAGACUUCAGAUAUAAAAAAUGAAGAAAACAUCAUGAAGCUGGGCUUGAAUAAGAUAGGUCUGAAUGGUGGUAUGGGUUGGGGAUUUCCCCUUCCUUUCAGUAUGCUCCUUAUCUUGUUAUAUAUUAUACUAAACAUUAGUUACUACUAGGGGAAGGAAGUUCUGUUCCCUCCCUUAGCUACCCAUCAGGUCAAGCCGUGGUAGCAGCUCAUCAAACCUGCAGAAAUUUGGACAAAGUCCAAAAGGUCAAUGAAAAGCCACGUGUGCGUUCACUACAGUCACUGGCGCUUUCCCCUCACAUUUACAGAGUAACUGAGUAGGUAUGUAGUGUUUGUGUUUGUAUCUAUAUGGCUAUGUAUACAUAUCUCUAUACAUACAGACACGAUACACAUACAUAUACUUAACAUUGAUCAAGGGUCAAGAGUGUGCAGGUGUGUACACCUUCAUCUUCUGCACUACAUUUACAAAAAUAAAAAAGAAGAAAAAAGGAAAAAAAAGAAAAAUGAAGAAAAAAAAGAACAAAAAAAAUAAUGAAAGAAUAAAUGUUACAUUCUGUAAAGGUGCUUACAAUGUUAGAACUAUGCAACCAAGAUGGUUUGAAACUGUUUACCUGCAAAAGAAAGAAAAAAAAAACACAGAGAGACUUUUUUUAAAAAUGGAAGUAACUUGUUUUAAAAACACAAUCUUCAGUGAGAGAUACUUGAAAGGAACAUGUUUGUCCAGUUACUGGAGUCAAACAUUUCUAUAUUUUGUAAAAAAAAAAUUUUUAAUCGUUUACUAUUUGCACUACAAUGGUGUCUGACCUGUCUAAUCCUUAUUUAACAAAUAUUUGCAAGGGAGGGUGGUUGGGUGUG